UGUGCCUGCUGAGCUCGCUCGAUGCAAAGCAAGGGGAAAAGCAAUCUAAAACGGAGCUGCUAGGACGAAUCUUGCUCGUCCCUCACCCCGAUCUUUCUUUCCAUUCCCCUUGCUCGCUCUCUCUGGAUGCUACAAGAACUUGGGCUCUAGUUGGAAGCUAUUUAAAAACUAACAUGGUUUAAUCCUCUAACUGCAUGUUGGGUAAAUCGAAAGCCCGCACAUGGUCAUCCUCUUGCAAGCGAAUAAGUAGCAUCCGAUGGACAUUUUCUCUGCUUACAGCAUAGUAAUGAAUGUCUGACAGGCGCGACCUUUCAUAAGACAGCCUACAUUAUUGGCUUCCUGCCCAGAUUAUUGCUGCAACCCUAUCUGUGAUUGGUUAUCUCUCUAUCAUGCCUUGCUUCAGAAGGGGAAAACGGCCCCUUUUUAAUAAAUCUGUGAUGGCUGGCUGCAAUAUGCUAUACUGUUGGUACUAAGAAGUGCCUUUCCUGACGUCUCUGCUGCUUGGAUUCGCUUCUAGAGCAGUCUCUGCUUUUGCCUUGCUUGCUGCCAGCUAGACUGCGACGACACCACAUCCACCCUCACCUCUCGCCCAGCCACCCCUCCCCUCUAAGCAUCAGGCAUUGCCCUAGGCUGCUUUAGUUAAUCUUACAGAAAUAAAAGUUUGCUGGAAAAGUGAGCAGUCUUCUGCCAGGAAAAGAAAGGGGGGAAAAAAUCCGAAAGGAGAGGAAAAAAAAAGAAAGAAAGAUCCAAACCGGUUUCUUGAUUUGUUGCUCUAAACUGCUGCAUCUGUCUGUGCCAAACUAAUCAUUACCAAUUGCACCACACCAAAAAUUAAGAACAAAUAAUUAUUGCAGAUUCAGCUGUGUGUGGAGACAAACUUUUCCUGAGAGCAGCUUGAAAAAUUCUGUGUCCGAGGGUCUGCCACGUUUUUUUGCUGCUUGCAUUUGGGGCUCCAAAUCGGCAUUCAGAAUGGGUUACUGAGAGCACAAGGCUAGUUCGAAGGCACACACUUAAAUGCUCCUCUUACUUUUGAUCCUAGCAUUUCUCUAAGUUUAACCUCCCCCUUCCCCUUUUGAUUGACAGUUUCAUGCUGUGACUUUCUAGAGGGAAUAUCUCUUCCUUGCUGUCGCAACAACACAAUUUUACAUCUUUUACCAUUGGGCUCGGGAACUGGGGAAAUAUUUUGGAGGUGACAUUUUUCAUCAUUUCCAGUCUUAUCAGUUUGGCCUUUUUUAAUUUGUUCAUUUCAUUGACAAUUUUAACUACCUGUAAAAUCUAAACAUGGCUGUAAGUGUCACACCAAUCCGGGACACAAAAUGGCUAACACUGGAAGUAUGUCGAGAGUUCCAAAGAGGGACUUGCUCACGACCAGAUACGGAAUGUAAAUUUGCACAUCCAUCGAAAAGCUGCCAAGUUGAAAAUGGACGCGUAAUCGCCUGCUUUGAUUCAUUGAAAGGACGAUGUUCAAGGGAGAAUUGCAAAUAUCUUCACCCACCACCACACUUAAAAACACAGUUGGAGAUCAAUGGCCGCAAUAACCUGAUUCAGCAGAAGAACAUGGCCAUGCUGGCCCAACAAAUGCAACUAGCCAAUGCCAUGAUGCCUGGUGCCCCAUUACAGCCAGUGAACCAUAUCCCUCAGACAUUCCAAAAAAGAGGGGGGGAGGGAUCUGCAUAUUUCAUCGACACUGAUUGCAUUUAUCAAUACCAAACACUAAAGCAAGAGGAGUGCAGUCCAAGCGGCACCCCUGGACCUGUCAUUGUUUGUGCUCCACUUCAUGAGUUCCUGGGAUCAGUUGCUGGCUCAAAUGCCUUCCUUGAACAGGAAGCUUCCAUUUAUGAGAGGCCAAUGUUUUCAGUUGCACCAAGCCUAGCCACCAACGCUUCAACAGCCUUUAACCCCUAUUUGGGGCCAGUUUCUCCUGGCUUGGUCCCAGCAGAGAUCUUGCCAACAGCACCAAUGCUGGUUGCAGGGAAUCCUGGUGUGCCAGUUCCUGCUGCUGCUGCAGCAGCAGCACAGAAGCUAAUGCGGACGGACAGAUUGGAGGUAUGUCGAGAGUAUCAGCGUGGCAACUGUAACAGAGGAGAAAAUGAUUGCCGGUUUGCUCACCCUGCUGACAGUGCAAUGAUUGAUACCAACGACAAUACUGUUACUGUCUGUAUGGAUUACAUCAAAGGGAGAUGUUCAAGGGAAAAGUGCAAAUAUUUUCACCCUCCAGCCCAUCUGCAAGCUAAGAUCAAAGCUGCCCAGUACCAGGUCAAUCAAGCAGCAGCUGCUCAGGCAGCAGCUACUGCAGCAGCCAUGACUCAGUCGGCUGUCAAAUCACUGAAGCGACCCCUCGAGGCAACCUUUGACCUGGGGAUUCCUCAAGCUGUACUCCCCCCAUUACCAAAGAGGCCUGCGCUUGAAAAAACCAAUGGUGCCACUGCAGUCUUUAAUGCUGGUAUUUUCCAAUACCAGCAAGCUCUUGCAAACAUGCAGUUGCAACAGCAUACAGCCUUCCUCCCACCAGGCUCAAUAUUGUGCAUGACACCCGCUACAAGUGUUGUUCCCAUGGUGCACGGCGCUACGCCCGCCACUGUGUCUGCAGCAACAACAUCUGCCACAAGCGUCCCCUUCGCUGCAACUGCCACAGCCAACCAGAUUCCCAUAAUAUCUGCCGAACAUCUGACUAGCCACAAGUAUGUUACACAGAUGUAGACACUUAAUCAUCAAACAAUCAUAUGACAGAGAAGAAGACAGCGUGGUUGAGUGAAGAAUCAGGACAGGUCAUUAGCCAUAAUGUAUAUACCGUAAAAUAACAGCACCCAAAUUUCCUCAGCAGUAAGACAUCCACAUAUUGCAUGUUAACAAGAUGAAAUGACAACUUGGAAAUUCACUGCACACUGUUGCCUAUAUACUUUGUACAUUGAAUAGAUAUUUGUGCUGGGGUGAUCAUAUUGUCUAAAGCAGCCUUCCCUAACAUGGUGCCCUCCGGUUGUGUUGAUCUAUAAAUCUGGACUGUAUCCUGGAAAUUGUAGACUCAAGAAAGCUAAAGGGCAUCAGGUUGGAGAAUGUUAGUCUAAAGACUACAGCAUUGUCCAUCUUUUCUAGCACACAAGUAUGCAAUGCAUACCUAGCUGACGUAUGCAUUGGUAGACUCUUUUCCUACAUAAUCAUGUACGUCAUUUUGAAAAGACAGACUGUGAUGUAGCCAUAGAUCUAUAAUGUAUUGGUACGUCUGUAGACCAAGAUAUAAUUUUUAAAGUAAGUUUAUUAUCUCAAGGUUUACAAAUAACAAAAGGUGCACCUUGUAUUUAAAAUUGCCAUUAUAGAAGAGACCGUGCAUGCACAGUAUAAUUUUUUCCUUUUUUGUUUUAAGAGUAAUAUUUUUAAAUGUAAUAGAUUGUAAGAAGUGGUAAAAGAGGUAUCUGACAGAGAUGAAUGUGCCAAGUAAAACCACAACUGUGUAUAUUUUUAAAGCACAUCAAUGGCUUUAAGUACCGUGUUGUUAAAGAUUUUCAUGAAGUGCCAUAGACUGUAAUCAAAGUAGAGUAUUAUUUCUUCAGUGUUACUUUAAGAGCCACAUUUUUGCUUGUUUUGCUAGUAGGUAAUCAGUCAAAGGGCACCCUUCCGUUUUAAACCAAAGCUGUCUCAGAAAUGGCCACCUCAAGUUUAUAAUAGACAGCACAUUAUUUGUUGUUCUUAUUUUUUUAAAGCAAAAACAAGAGUAGAUAUAUGGAUCAUUCCUACACAUACUGGAUAUAUAAAGCUAUAAAUUAUUAUAAACCAUUGUAGUUGUAAUAGUUUUGCAAAGUAUACUGUAUAACAAACAAUAUUUUAAAAAAAGGGAAGAGCCAUUUCUGAGACAAUAUUAGAAAAAGUCUAAAUAAUUUUAUUUUGCUUCAAUUUUCUAACCUCUGUCAAAAGUCCAAGAGACUCUAAACUUGUUGAAGGAGAUGGGUUUUGCUUUUCUGAUCCAAUGCAUCACUUCAAAGUCACGCACUUAAAAAAAUAGUGACUCUAAUCAUGGGAAAAGCACUGACAUCAGAUGCCUGAUUAAAAAAAAAACCAAAAUAAUCAACAAUCAAUGAAAAUGUUAAUUAGAGUAGGCGCUGGGUGGGUUAAAUAUCGGGUGAGUUUUAUAUGUGAUUUCUUCUGUUGAGAUUUAACUGCUUUAUAGCCUUAGAAAGCCUUUACAAAAUGAAACAAAAAAUAGAUGUGCAUUCAAGUUUUUAAGAUGGAUUCAUCCAAAGGAAAUCCUUUGUGUGGUUUGGAUGUUGCAGUUAGUAAAGGAUAUAUUUUGCUCUGUUAAGCAAAGCUCAAGGUGGGGGCCAGGUCUCUGGUAGCGUCGCGUAGAAUGGGAGAGGUGAGGGUUCGGUUCUAGAAUUCUCCAUACUUCCAAGUUUACUUGCAAGUUUUUAUGCUUGAGAGAUGCUUUCUAGUUAAAAAAAAAAAGAAUGAUGUGUUGAUUUUACUGAUUGUACUGUACAUCUAUUAAAGCCUUAGAUUAUUACAUUACGGGUUAAAACCCAUACCAAUGUAAUUUCAAUCGUGUUAAGAAAGUAUAGGUGACUUCACAUGUUAUUGUAGUUUACUUACAUUUAGAGAAUAUGACUUAUUUUUCCUUGUUAAAAUGGUAGUUUUUAUUUCGUACAUUUAUUAGAUCAUUUUCAUUUUCUAUUACCAGAUGAAUGCCAUUUAAGUUUAUAGAAUUUUGUUUUAUUAGAUUUUACUGAUGAAUUUUUUUCAAAAUAUGAAAAAAAAUUAAAAAUAUUUUUUCUUCAUAGCAUAUGCAGUUUUGAAUUUACAUGUAGUGUCAUGAAUAUUCGUAUUCUUGUUAACUAAAUGAUUUAUAUUUUACUGAUUUAAUAUUACAAUGUAAGAAUAUCAGUCAUUGUUAGUUCUUGUCUAGUUUUCAUUAAAAGAACAAAGAUCUUUUAUAUGGAUAUCUUAUAUAAUCAUUGUUAAGUAAGAAGUUAAGUUGUUGCUAUUGAAAUGAUCCUGGCAGACAACUGAGUAAUAUUUUGAUGAUUUAUUUUGUUUGUAAUUAAUUAUAAAAGAAAAAAUCUAGUUCUUAGAUAUUAGAAUAAAAUUUAUUUUCUACUGUAUCCAUUUCAAAUGUUAAAAUAUUGUUUAAAUAUUUUUUGAAAUCCCUGAAUAUCAGGCCUUCUUAUAAAUAAGCUGCAUAAUCAGUAGAUCAAGGGACUUUUUUUGUUGAUAAUCCAAAUACUCAAAAAAGUUUACGUAUAACAAGAAUUAUAAUAAGUGUGAGUGCUUGUGCAUACUCUUGAGGGAUGAUUAUGCUGCAAUUUAGCAUGUGGGAAAGUAUAGAGAGAAGGUUGACCUUUUGCACUUCUGUAUAUAGUCAAAUAAAAAAAAGAAUGAUGUGUUGAUUUUACUGAUUGUACUGUACAUCUAUUAAAGCCUUAGAUUAUUACAUUACGGGUUAAAACCCAUACCAAUGUAAUUUCAAUCGUGUUAAGAAAGUAUAGGUGACUUCACAUGUUAUUGUAGUUUACUUACAUUUAGAGAAUAUGACUUAUUUUUCCUUGUUAAAAUGGUAGUUUUUAUUUCGUACAUUUAUUAGAUCAUUUUCAUUUUCUAUUACCAGAUGAAUGCCAUUUAAGUUUAUAGAAUUUUGUUUUAUUAGAUUUUACUGAUGAAUUUUUUUCAAAAUAUGAAAAAAAAUUAAAAAUAUUUUUUCUUCAUAGCAUAUGCAGUUUUGAAUUUACAUGUAGUGUCAUGAAUAUUCGUAUUCUUGUUAACUAAAUGAUUUAUAUUUUACUGAUUUAAUAUUACAAUGUAAGAAUAUCAGUCAUUGUUAGUUCUUGUCUAGUUUUCAUUAAAAGAACAAAGAUCUUUUAUAUGGAUAUCUUAUAUAAUCAUUGUUAAGUAAGAAGUUAAGUUGUUGCUAUUGAAAUGAUCCUGGCAGACAACUGAGUAAUAUUUUGAUGAUUUAUUUUGUUUGUAAUUAAUUAUAAAAGAAAAAAUCUAGUUCUUAGAUAUUAGAAUAAAAUUUAUUUUCUACUGUAUCCAUUUCAAAUGUUAAAAUAUUGUUUAAAUAUUUUUUGAAAUCCCUGAAUAUCAGGCCUUCUUAUAAAUAAGCUGCAUAAUCAGUAGAUCAAGGGACUUUUUUUGUUGAUAAUCCAAAUACUCAAAAAAGUUUACGUAUAACAAGAAUUAUAAUAAGUGUGAGUGCUUGUGCAUACUCUUGAGGGAUGAUUAUGCUGCAAUUUAGCAUGUGGGAAAGUAUAGAGAGAAGGUUGACCUUUUGCACUUCUGUAUAUAGUCAAAUAAAAAAAUAAAGAGAGAAACCUGUAUAAUAGUAAGAUCUUAUUUUGAAUAAAAAUGUCUAUAAAUACAAGGAGUUUUGUUAAGGCUUAUAAAAAUGACAGGCUGAACAAAAUUGCUUGCAAAAAAAGUGGCACAGAAUUAGCACUCCAUACCCCUUUGAAAAAGUGGCUUUGCUUUAUGUGAACAGCUUCUAGUUUGCCAGGAUUCUUUCAGCUGGAAAGAUUGGCCAUCCUUCUCAUGACUAACAAAAGCUGCACUGGUCUAAAUCUGCCUGAAGAUAAUUUCUGAUGAGACAAGAAAAAUAAAAAUUAUUUUUUUAAAAAUGAAAUUUCAGAAAAACAGGUACUUCCAACCAUUAAAGGUAAAAUCGUGGAUCUAAUAUGUCUUACAUUACUCAAAACAACUACUGCAUGUUUCAAGUAUCAAGGAGAGAGAGAAAGAAAAAGAAAAUAUAAAUAGAUAUAAAAUAUAUAUUCUAUUCAAACCAGUUUCUGAAAAAUUUCAGUAGUUUUAUUAUUCACACACUAGCGCAAAGACACACAUACACAGAGAAAGCGAUUAUUGACUUCACAUGCACACUAAAGAAGUUUUAAAAUGUCAACAGGCAAACCAAAACAAAACCAUCAUAGCUGUAGUUGUUAUGUAAUUAUUUUUAUUGCUGUAGUGAUCCGGUUCUUUUAGCAGGUGAAAAAAAAAUACCCUUUCAAAUUUACCAUUUUUAACCUAAAGCACUUGACAAACCAUGUACUACAUGAAGCCAAAGUGAGGGGGGAGGGAACCAAUGAUUGGAUCUAUUCUGUCUCAUAAUUCAUAUUGAUGAAUUAGUACAUGUUGCACUUCCUUGCAACCCUAUAACUUUCAUCUGCUGAAAGGACAGGUGUGCUUGGUUUUUACUAUUAUGUAACCACAGACUUAAAUUUGCUUGGUAGUUGCUCCUACUUAUGUACUCUGUCCUGGGCUGCAAUUUGUUUUUAUGCUUAUUUUAUUAUUACUGCUAUAGCUGUAUGAAAAAAAAAAUAAAGUUAAAUUGCCCUAAUAAAAAUUUCUUUUAAUUAUC